AUGCAAAUAGAACCGUCGCUGUCCAAGUCCAUUUAUAGCGAAAUUUUUGACCAAAAGCGACUCGACAUGAUGAUCCUACUAGUUGCUCUAUCCUAUAUUACCGUAGCUUCCGAAGCUUGCUCUACGAACACAAACAUCGCCCGCGAUGGAGAGAUCAUCACGGAUCCGUCGUUCACAUUCACUGUGAGCCCUCCUGUAAGAUGGACGUACUAUCCGCCGAUCGCACCAACAGGCUCCAUUCAAAUCACGAAUUUCUUUCCGGGGCAGUCGAUGUCGUCAGCAGAAGCUUUGCAAUCUGCGCAGAAUGAAGUGAUGGCAGCGUAUCUGGAAGCGCUCACCGAAAUCCCGGGCGUAAACACCUUAGGAGUCACUACCACCGUCACCUAUUCACCGGACGAAAUCUCCAAUUGUUACACUAGUCAACCUAUUCCAGGUGGAACAAAGAUCGGCUACCUCGCGGGCGGUGCGGUUACUCAAAUAGCUGUAGUAACUCUGCAGCAGGCCACCGCAACCACGUGUCCGCUUUCCACUACUAUGAUUCAAACGGGCAUCGGACCGUAUCAAGAAUACACCAAAACUUUAACGGUGUCAACCCGUGGUGGAACAACGUUGACUCGGUACACCUGGAUUCGAGUCAUUUCGCAAUUUCAGAGCACUCUUAACCUUAGAUAUCAGGCGCUUUUUCGAUCAGAAGUCACAAUAAACAAUAACUAG